GUCACACUCUUUUCGCCAAAAAUUUGUUGGCGUGUUGUCAAAUUCUCCAGCGUUUUUAUAGGCUUUGCGACUUGUGUAGAACCGGAAAAUAUAAAAACAGCGACAAUGUACGGCGGCGACGAAUACCCAAGCAAUUCGGAGUACUACGAUGACUUCGCGCACACCGGCGAUCCGCAGCUGGACAUGGAGUACGAGAGGAACUACUUCUCCACCCGGAUGCCGGACAAUGUCAAGUACUUCCUGAUCAACUUCUGCCAGGCGAUCAAGGAGGGCAACCUGUACGACAUCCAGAACAUGUACGAGAACACCUUCCCGCAGAUCAGCGACCACCACUUCGAUAAGACGGCCUGGCCCGAGGAGCAGGAGGUGGCCGCCAUCGUGGACAACGACAAGGUCUUUCUGAUCCUGUACAAGGAGCUGUACUACCGCCACAUCCACGCCCGCAUUCCCGGCGGCCCCAAGCUGGAGCAGCGGAUCAACUCGUUCUUCAACUACUGCGAUUUCUUCAACCUGAUCAUUUCGGCCCAGAAUCCGGUGAUGCUGGAGCUGCCCGACAUCUGGCUGUGGGAGUUGGUGGACGAGUUUGUGUAUCAGUUUCAGAACUUUGCGCAGUAUCGUGCCCGCCUGACGGACAAGUCUCAGGACGAGAUCCAGCAGCUGUGCGUGAACCACAGCAACGUGUGGAGCAUUCUCUGCAUCCUCAACGUGCUGCACUCCCUGGUGGACAUCUCGAACAUCAAGAAGCAGCUGGAGGCCAUCUCGCAGGGCGUGGAUCCCCAGACCGUAGCCGGAGACUUCGGCAAGCUGUCCUUCUACAAGAUGUUGGGCUACUUCUCCCUCGUCGGCCUGCUGCGCGUGCACUCGCUGCUGGGUGACUACUACCAGGCCAUCAAGGUUCUGGAGCCCAUUGAGAUCCACAAGAAGUCCGCCUACUCGCACAUCCCCGCCUGCCAGAUCUCCACGUCCUACUACGUGGGCUUCGCCUACAUGAUGAUGCGCCGCUAUGCCGAUGCCAUCCGCACUUUCUCCGACAUCCUGCUGUACAUCCAGCGCACCAAGCAGCUGUACAGCACCCGCUCGUACCAGAACGACCAGAUCAACAAGCAGGCGGAGCAGAUGUACCACCUGCUGGCCAUCUGCCUGGUGCUGCAUCCCCAGUGCAUCGACGAGUCCAUCCAGCAGGUGUUACGCGAGAAGAACUACCACGACGCCAUGUUCAAGAUGCAGUGCGGUGACCUGGAGGUCUUUAAGUCGUUCUUUGUGUUCGCCUGCCCGCGAUUUGUGAGUCCCUGCCCGCCGGCCGCGGAUGCGCCCAUGGAGGACUACGUCAAGGACCCCAUGGAGCACCAGCUGCUGGUGUUCAUGGACGAGGUGCGCCAGCAAAAGGAUCUGCCCACCACGCGCUCCUAUCUGAAGCUGUACACCACCCUGCCGCUGACCAAACUGGCUUCCUUCAUCGAUCCCAAUGCCAGCGACGAUGACGUGUCGAAGCUUCUGAUCCGUUUGCUCUGCUUCAAGCACAAAAUGCGCAACCUGGUGUGGAGCAAGGGACCCAGCGGCCUGGAGGGAACGUUCAAGUCGGGCUCUGAGUUGGACUUCUACAUCGACGACGACAUGAUCCACAUAGCUGACACUAAGGUUUCGCAUCGCUAUGGCGACUUCUUUGUGCGUAAAAUCCUCAAGUUCAACGACCUGAAUCGCAAACUGAAGAACAUCAACAUUUAAGCCAUUUAUGUCGACUCCUUGUGACCCUUAAUGAUCUAUUUAAUAUUCCAAACUGGACCGAUUUGUUUUGAUAUCAAUAAAAAAUCGCUUGUGAUUAUGCGCAAGUUUGGUCCUCAAAA